AUGACCGCUGCCAUUGCCCCUACCAGACGUCAAGUGUUGUCACUUUAUAAACAAUUCAUUAAGAACGCCAAUCAAUUCAAUAAUUUCAAUUUUAGAGAGUAUUUCUUAAGAAAAUCAAGAGCAUCAUUCAAACAAAAUUCUACAAUACAAGAUGCUGAAAAACUCUCGAAGCUAUACCAAGAUGCUAAAAAUGAUUUAAGUGCGUUAAAGAGACAAUCCGUGAUAUCUCAAAUGUAUACAUUUGAUAAACUUGUUGUAGAACCUGUUGAUAAGGAAGAAAGGAAGGAUAUUAAUAAGCAUUAA